AUGGCCUGCAGGCUGCUCCUUCCCCGCAGCCCCCGCGCGGGCGGGAGGUACCGAGGGCAGGACUACAGCUCCCAGCCUGCCCCGCACCGGCAGCCGCUGCGCUCCGGCCCCGCCAUGGCCUGGCCGGGACACCCCCGCCUGGCGGCCCGGCUGCUGCUGCCGCUGCUGCGCUGCCCGGCGGCGGGGCGCCGGGGGAUCGCCACCUGCAUCGACCCAUCUGCCGGCCUGACUGAGGAGCAGAAAGAAUUCCAAAAAGUUGCCUUUGAUUUUGCUGCCAAGGAGAUGGCUCCUCACAUGGCUGAGUGGGAUGAAAAGGAAAUAUUCCCUGUGGAAACAAUGCGGAAGGCAGCCCAGCUAGGAUUUGGUGGGAUCUAUGUGAAACCAGAUGUUGGUGGCUCUGGAUUGUCACGCCUUGAUACCUCCAUAAUCUUUGAAGCUUUAUCCACAGGAUGUACCAGCACCACUGCUUAUAUAAGCAUCCACAACAUGUGUGUUUGGAUGAUUGACACCUUUGGCAAUGAGGAGCAGAGGCGCAGGUUCUGCCCAUCGCUCUGUAGCAUGGAAAAAUUUGCUUCUUACUGCCUGACUGAGCCAGGAAGUGGGAGUGAUGCAGCUUCCCUGCUGACCUCAGCUCAGAGGAAAGGGGACAGCUACAUCCUGAAUGGCUCCAAGGCCUUCAUCAGUGGCGGAGGUGACACCGAUGUAUACGUGGUCAUGUGUCGCACAGGAGGCCCAGGCCCCAAGGGCAUCUCCUGCCUGGUGCUGGAGAAGGGGACACCAGGGCUCAGCUUUGGCAAGAAGGAGAAGAAGGUAGGCUGGAAUUCCCAGCCAACUCGGGCUGUGAUCUUUGAGGACUGUGUUGUUCCUGUCAGCAACCGGCUGGGAGCUGAAGGGCAGGGCUUCAGCAUUGCCAUGAAGGGACUGAAUGGAGGCAGGAUAAACAUUGCAUCUUGUUCCUUAGGAGCUGCUCAUGCCUCUGUUCUUCUGGCUCAGGAACAUCUCACUGUCCGCAAACAGUUUGGGGAACCCCUAGCAAACAAUCAGUACCUGCAGUUCAGGCUGGCGGAGAUGGCGACGCACCUGGUGGCAGCACGGCUCAUGGUUCGCAAUGCAGCGCGAGCACUGCAGGAGGGACGGGAGGACGCGGCUGUGCUGUGCUCCAUGGCCAAGCUCUUUGCUACUGAUGAAUGCUUUGCGAUCUGUAACCAGGCUCUACAGAUGCAUGGGGGCUACGGCUACCUGAAGGAUUAUGCUGUGCAACAGUUUGUGCGAGACAUCAGAGUCCACCAGAUCCUGGAAGGUACCAACGAGGUUAUGCGGAUGAUUGUGGCCAGGAGCCUGCUACAGGGCUGAAGCCAGAAGCCAAUCCUCAGCCUUAAAAUUCCUCCAUCUGUUACAGUUUGGGCUGUUUCCCUCCCCUGUUCACCAGCUCUCUCCUGGGGAGCGGAGAGGGGGAUACCCCAGUGGAAACAGCCUUUCUGCCUUAUAUUGACCAGGAGCACAGCUGGACGCCAGCCACACGCUGCCACAGCUGCACUCUGUGCCUGGCAGAGCAGCCCUUACUAGGCUGGUAUUGUGCAGAUAUGUGAAGAUAUUGUGAAGAUAGAAAUGGCAGUUGUGAAUGUGAGCCUCUGUCUCCAAAUCUUGAUCACGGGCUGCUUGCCACCCAUCCUUCUCGGAAACACUAGACCUGUUGGUCAUCUCUGCUAAAUCAGGACUGAAAGGGGAACUUCAGGCAGAGGUACAGCCUAAUCCCAUGGGAUCCCUCCUCUAUCGGUGAAAUCUUUAGUUCGAGGGAACUAGUUGAUCUGCUUAAAAACCUCUGCUAGGUGCUGACUGCACCCCUGGGAACAGAAGCCCAAAGUACUGCAGGUCUAACUGCCUGCGGGGUGCAGGGGCUUUUUAACUGGGGAGCGGGAUGCCUCUCUGUUAUCCAGAGGCACUCGCUCCUUUCUCUUUCCCCAGCACCUUUCCUAAUGUACCAACUGCUUGUUCUCGUCACACUCCCUCCCCCAUACUGGUGGUUAAUCUCCAGAAAGCCUCUGCAGUACCAGAGGCACAGAUCUCAGAAGCUAAGGGCCUGCACAGACACACUGAACUGCUGCCUCAGAUCAGGACUCCCUGCUGCAUACAACAUAGGGGGAGUAAAAAUACCGGUAAAUUAUUCUUUCCCCUCAGAUUUGAAAUCAAUAAAGCAAUGACGGCAA